CUCGAAUUCAUCGCCCACGCACACUCACACUCGACUUCUACGCGACAUGGUCAACGAGACACACUCCGAGGAAGGCCCCGGUAUCCCCUUUUCGUUGGACGAGUACGAGGACCGUCUCGUACCCGAAUUCCGAAUGAAAGACCGCCUCGCGUUUUGGGAUGGCCCCAUCCGCGCCUUCUUGCGCGGACACGGAUACGUGCUGUACAACAUGCGCUCAUUUCCAGAAUACGAUGUGGACAGCCUCAUGUACCCAGCUCUCGAGACACCUGACGGACCGGAAAAUGACGACACCCGCUAUGCGCUCAUGGAUCCUGACUCUCCUGAGCGGGAGAUGCCCGAUCCGCAAGACGUGUCGUAUCUCUCCUUGCGUCGCAGGGCGUAUGCGCGUGAAGUUAGGGGUCGAGCUGCCUUUGCGCAGAGUGAAGCUCGGCCAGACCGGCACGUCGCUAUCAAGCUGGUCCGAGCCGGAAGCGUCGAAAUCCACACGCUCAAGCUGAUAUACGAAGCUUCAAAGGAGAAGCCCGUCCGGGGCCUCAUCCCUGUGAUCGAAAUCAUCCCAUUUCGCGGUCACUGGCUUGUGGUUAUGCCGAGGUGGGGAGAAAACAUCAUGCUCCCAUUCCCGACUCUCGUUGGGCAGGUCUUAGAUUCCAUCGAAGAACUGUUAGAGGGUCUCGCAUUCCUCCACAGCCAUAACAUCGUGCAUAGGGAUCAUUCUGCUAAAAAUCUCGUAGUGAAUCAUGUACCCGUCCUCACGUAUGAGGACCUGAGAGAGGUGCCGCCCACCCGACAGGCGGCGAGAGAUGCGGGCGUUCUCCGGCACGCCAUAUACGACUUCGACAUGGCGUUGGUGCUCGAUGGUGGUCCCUCGGCUCGGCUACCGUGGAGAGAGUUCUACCGCGGCCCGGGAAAAAGCACGCAUGAUGUCAGGCAAGGGGAAUACGACUUCGAUCCCUUUGCCGCGGACAUGUGUAUUCUGGUCUUACGUUCCUUUCGUGCCGAUCUUGGCACCGCUGCUCGACGGCUUGCUUCACUGGCAUCAUAUACCGCUCUGGAACGUCAGUCAUUGCCUGCCGAAGACUGCGUUCCCGAACCGGCGAGGGAUCUAUGGCAAGGCUUGCCGUCCGAAUUCGUUGCGAGAUGGGGAUAUCUUCGCGCACCUCCUGAGCCAUGGACCAGGACGACCCUUCGCAGGCUGUGUCGCAACCAGUUUCUGGCGCGACCACUCCAUGUGGCAGAUAGGCCGUAGUGACUGCAGUCAAAACCGUAUUCAUUUGUGCAAAGGGUACUUUUCGUAUGCCUGCUAUCAAUUUCAACGAGUGUCUCUCCAGCUCUGGAGGCGAAAAUCGAGCUGUCAGAAAGAGGGAU